UGCCCAGGCUGACGUCAUGCUGUCGGGCUGUGGAGACGAGCUGCUCAGUGAAGUGGAGCCACGACAUCCCGCCCUGAGACCCGGCUCACCGACAUAAAGAUCAACUCUAUUCCCUCAUAUUGGGACUGUGCGGGGGGGUGGGGAAGGCCUAGUCCUCCACCUUGACCAGGCAGGAUACCCCACACACCUCCCACUAUCCCCAGCCAUGGACAAACCAGCCGCCAUGACAACACCAGGCAAGGUCAGCGGACUCAAGCCUCCCAGUAAAAUAGUCCGUCCAUCAGGGGUGCCAACAAGGACGUCCCCGUCCUCAGGUACUCCAAAGCCAGUUCCUCCUGAGAAGUCCCCUGGUAGUGUUACCUCUCCAACUCCAGACGGAUGUGGUGACUUCCAGUUAGGGGAGAGGGUCUGGGUCAAUGGCAACAAGCCCGGCUGUGUGCAGUUUAUCGGGGGCACACAGUUCGCUCCUGGGCAGUGGGCGGGAAUCGUGCUGGAGGAGCCAAUCGGGAAGAACGACGGGUCGGUGGCAGGGGUCCGGUACUUCCAGUGUGAGGAUGGGAGGGGGAUAUUCACGCGACCUUCAAAACUAUCCAAGACUGCACUGCCAGAGAAGGAGGAAAAUGGCGGCCAGGCCAGCCCAGCACAAGCUUCCUUUGCAACAAGCCAGCCUGCACCUGUUAGCUCUACCUCAACCGUUCAGGGCACUGGCAUAAAGACAAGUGGGUUGCUAAACCGAAUGCACACGUCUAGCGAGUCGGUGUCAAACCUCUCAGACCCAGACUCCAUGAAGAAGAACAGUAGGGAGCUGAGGCUGGUAGACCGUGUGCUGGUGGGUGGUAGCAAGGCAGGAGUUGUGCGGUUUCUGGGAGAGACAGACUUUGCCAAGGGAUACUGGUGUGGAGUCGAACUAGACGAACCACUUGGCAAGAAUGAUGGAGCUGUAGCAGGGACCAGGUACUUUCAGUGCAUGCCGAGGUUUGGCUUGUUUGCCCCGGUCCACAAGGUGACGCGUAUUGGCUUCCCCUGCACAACACCUACCAAGGCGAAGAGCUCACGGAGGAGGUCCGGCCUUCUGAAGAGGAGUCCAAGUGCCUCCUCCAUUAGCUCGCUCAGCUCCGCCACCUCCUCAAUCAGCGGCAAACCCAGCCGAGCAGGACUGCUGACGGAGACAUCUGCUCGGUAUGCUCGGAAGAUCUCUGGCACCACAGCCCUGCAGGAGGCGCUGAAGGAGAAGCAGCAGCACAUUGAACAGCUGCUGGCGGAGAGAGACCUGGAGAGAUGUGAAGUUGCAAAGGUGACCAGCCACGCAGGAGAGGUGCAGCAGGAGCUGACUAAGCUGAUGAAAGGAAGGGAUCAGUAUACCAUGGAGAUGGAGGCCAAGCUGGAUCAGCUGCGUUCGUUGGUGGAAGCCGCAGAUCGAGACAAAGUGGAGCUGCUCAAUCAGCUGGAGGAGGAGAAAAGAAAAGUGGAGGAUCUGCAGUUUCGUGUGGAAGAGGUUUGCAUAACCAAAGGAGACCUGGAGACGCAGACCAGGCUGGAGCAUGCCCACAUAAAGGAGCUUGAGCAGAGCCUGCUCUUUGAAAAGACCAAAGCUGAAAAACUCCAGAGGGAUUUAGAGGACACUAGGGUGGCCACUGUGUCUGAGCGCUCCAGGAUCAUGGAGCUGGAGAGGGAGGUGGCAGAUCUCCAGCUGAGGCUCCGGGCGUCCCAGCAGAAGGAGGAUGCUGUGUCUCUGUCCCAGCAACAGAUUGGCAGCCUCAAGGCCCAGGCACAGUCUCAAGAGAAAAGGAUCAGUGAGCUGAGCGUGGACCUGGAGAGCAGACAGAAAGAGCUUCAGUCUGUGCAGCAGGAUAAGAGUUCUCUGGAACAGCAGCUGAGCAGCCUGAGACAAAUGCUUGAGAUAGCUGAGGAGGAAAACAGGAGGACAGCAAAGACCAUGCAAGAAUUGGAGAAGAGUGUGGAGCAGUCGAAGAAAGACUCUCAGACCCUGAAAGAGGAGAGCAAGUGUAGAGAGAAGGAGCUGAAAGUCCGGCUGACAAAGGCCACUGAGAAGUCAGAGGGGACGGCUCUGUCGCUUGAUCAUCUGACUAAUGAGAAUAAGAUGCUGGAGACAGAGCUUGAGGCUUUGAAACAGCAGAACUCCAACUACCAGGAGGAGCUCAGUCUGUCGAAGGAGAGGAGCAGCUCAGAAAACCAGCGUAUCGGAGUCCUCUGCAAGGAAAUCGAGGAGCUGAAGCUGGCCUCCCAGAAGUCUCUUGACGAGUACAACGAGGAUCGCAACAAUCAACAACCGGACAUGAAGAGCAGAGAAACUAACUCAAAUCGGGAACUUGAGGAGGAAGUCAAAUUCCAGAAGUCAACUGGAGCCUUAACCUCAGACAAAGAUCGGGAACUGGAAACUCUGAGGAAUGAGAUCAAAGUUCUUCGAGGUGAAAACGCCAUGGCCAAGACCCUUCAGUCGGCCGUGGAGACGUUGGAGAGAGACAAAGCUCAGCUGCAGAGUCGUGUUUGCCGUCUAGAGCAAAGGCUCAUGGGAACGCAGACCUCUGAGGGAGAAGACAGCGAGGCCCCACCAUCAGGCGAUGCGGCUCUCGAGCAGCUGAGGGAAGAGAAGGAGUUCGCUGAGGGACAGAUCAACUUCCUGAACAGUGUGAUCGUGGACCUGCAGCGGAAGAACGAGGAGCUGAAGAUCAAACUGAAGAAACUCGCUCUGGCUGAGUUCAAUGGCAACGAAGAGACUGAUGGUUUUGAUGAAGCCAUAUCAAAGCGGGAGAAGAAGGCCUCCCUCCGUCUGUUCUGCGACAUCUGCGACUGCUUUGACCUCCACGACACAGAGGACUGUCCCACUCAGGCCCAGAGCCCCGACUCUGUUCCUCACAGCACCUACCACGGCAACCCGGCCAACGAAAGGCCCUACUGUGACAUCUGUGAGGCCUUCGGACACAGCACACAGUCCUGCAACGAUGACCAGACCUUCUAGAGGCUCCAAAAAACUCCCCCUGCAUUUCAAUUCCUUCCAUUUCCUCUUUCAUCUCACUUUUAUGCACAUCUCACCUCUUGCUCUCCUGCUACAUUUCCUUCCAUCCAGCCCAACAUGCCUGCAGAUUCUUCCAUAUUGUAUUUUUAUACUCUAUUUAAGCAUAUCACUGGUAGCCACAGUUCUGACCCAAAUCCUUUAGCCCGCAGCUUUUUUCUCAGAGGAGAACCGGUUCUGUAAUGCAGACUGUUCGUCCAAAUAUGCUGCUUUAGUGCAAUAUUGAUGUUUAGAACAAAAGGAAUCUGUCCUCUGCACUUGUUGUUUUGAACGUGUUGUUUUCAAAAAUGAGCAUUAGUCACAUUCAAUGUGUUUUGGGCUUUAUUAGCAAAAAUGUGAUGCGACAAAAAGUGAAGCACAGUUAAAACUGAAGGGAAAAUGAAACUCCUCUCGUACUUAACAUUCCUGUCCUCUGUAUCACACUCCUCUGCCUGUACGCCUGUAAACCAAUCAGAUACUGAUACAGAGGUACUGCCACAACAAAAAAUUGACUGAUGUUUUAUGCUUAAUAACGUUUUACAAAGCCACUUUGUCAGUUUAUAUCUUACAAUAGAGCGUUAGGGCCACUUUUAAAGGAGACGUUAUGCUCGUGUUCAGGCUCAUUAUUUUAAUCGUUAUUAUUGUACAAGUAGUAUUACUGGAAACGGUAUACAUGCUCUUUUGUGAUUGGUUAACCGCUUCCAGCACAUAUAGGAACUGUCAGCCUCUGCUCUCGCUUAAUCAGGAAAGAGUGAAUAUCUUGAGACCAAAAGAAAAACAUUUUAAUAUUUCAAUCCAAAGUUUUAUUUUUGAAGGAUGUUUAUGGCAUAUUCUUGAUACAUAACAACUUUAUUUUCUAAACCCUAAAGUUAUUUUUUUGGUUUACUUACAUUUUGAAAAUAUUGCAACUUAUUUUUCUGAACUAUUUUGAUUUUAGUCUCAUAAUAUUACUACAUAUUCAUAUUUGAAAGGUUGUAAAAUUAUUACAACAUUACUGUUGAGAUAUUACAUAACCCUUUAUUCUCAUAAUAGUACAGGAUGUAUUUUGACAACAAUGUCUUACAUAAUUACUUCAUACUCUAGUCUAUAUAUAUUAGACCUUUUUUUUAGUGUUGUCUCUCUAAAUAUCCCACUUUCACACUUUCCGCUUUAAUCUUUAAAUUUUACAACUUCACUCUCAAAUUCGUAUGACUUUAUUCUCUAGAUAUUCAUACUUUUCUAGUGGCCCUAGUACUCCGUCUAAAUGUUAACACGUUGUAAAAAGUUCCUUCUUGACCUUGGAAAUCCUAGUUUCCAUGGUAACUAGUUCUUUACAGAGCUUUCAACUCUCUUGAAGUUUAUUCCCGGGAAGUUUAACAGUUUACACCGUGUGUGGAGCGUUAACGCCACCUAUCGAUGAAGACUGAGAAGCAAAUGAAGGUUUCAGAAACAGCUGGCAGAUGGAUGUUGAGUCAAAGAGCCACCCAGUGGAUCUUAAACAUGAAGGACUGGUUGAUCUGUUUACUUGCUUACUUCUCUUGGAUGGGGUGGCUCUGCAACGUUCGGUCCAUUUGACUGGCGCCCUGGAGCUUUCAGUAUUAUCGCAAAUAUCUUCAUCGGCAGAUGAAGUACGUAUGGUGGUCAUGAAAUUGCAGAGAUCCCUUUUAGGACUCCUCUCAUCUCUUGUUUGCUUUAAAUUGAGAUUUUAGAAUCCCAUGACAGCUGGGCAACUCGACUGAAAACAGAUGCUCAAUUGACCUUGAGGUUGGAUUAUUUACAAUUUUAGUCCGCUGUUGUAUCUAAGGUCACGAGUGAACUUUCUAUUUUAACAUUGUUGUGUAUUUACCUUUCAAUAGGUCGGCAUAUAUACGUUAAUAUCCCUCAGUAAUGUCACGGAACUUUACUGAAGAUCUGUUGUAGCUAUUGAUGAUGUUGAUACGUUUUGUUAUUUAUUGUCUAAUCUUUCACUAACCAGUGAUAUUCCUACAGGGAAAUAAGCUAGCACUGAUUUAAAGUGUUUAUAGUCUGUAGUAGGACUACUGUAGUGUAGGUGGGCGUCUGCCGCAUGUAACAGGAACUCACCCAGAUGAAACUAUAGCAGCCUCGACUUGCUUAGAUUUGCACUGUCCACUUUAACGAUUCAGCAGAGACAUACGUUAAUGUUCCGAUUCUAACGUUAUAUAAAAGUUAUUUUAUCUUAAAAGUUCGUUCAGAUAAUUCAUUAAUGUCCUAUUUCAUGCUGCCCUCUUUAAAGAUACAGUUUGACAUUUUGGGGAAAUUCUCUCUCGCUUUUACAUAAAAAGAUUGACAUGUGUAUGAUACAUGCAAAGCUAUAGCAGGUUAGUUUAAGUAACAAAGCCUGGAAACAGGACAAGCAGCUAUAGCCUGUGACGUUUUAUUUCAAAUUAGCUGCUCCUAACAUAACACACCUAACCUGAACCAAACUGGCUGACACGUUGCAUUGUGGGUAAUGCGGCCACCAGGUUCUGACCAGAGAGAAGAAUAUGGAGAAGGAAGAAAAGACGAUAUCUCCGGUUCUGCUACAUUGAUUUUGAUCAUUUUUGUAUUUAACUGACCACCUUCAGUCCAACAAUGCUCUGUAUCUAACUCAUGAGCACCCUUUUAACCCAUAGACACUUUCUUCAUGUGCAGGGAAGCGAAUGGGCCUAUUUCCCAAAAUGUCAAACUAUUCCUUUAAAUGUACCCAGUAUAAAAACAUGUAUUUUGACGUAUCUCGUACUUAAGCACAAUGUUGGAUCAUAUUGAAUCUUCCAGUGUAACAGUGUAUAAUACAUGACUAACCAUUGACACUAGUCUUUGUAAAUACCAGUCAGACGCUUCUGAUAAAUGUGUACACAGUGCCAUGGAACAACGAUAGCUUUUAUGUGUACGGCAAUUUAUUUUUUCUGCCCUGUGGAUAAGAUUGACGUACACGGAGGUUGCCACUCCAGAGGAAAAACCAAGCCCCUUUGUAUAGACUUUAAAAACAUGAUGUACUUUGUAAGUGAUAUGUCUAAUUAUUAGUGUUUUAUAUAUGUAACAAUUUCAGGCACCAUCUAUAAAUGGUUUCCAAAUGCUCAGACCAUUCGACUGACGUUGGCGUGGUGUAAGAUGUCCUGUUUUCUAUGUACUGUAUACUCCUGAACAGUCCAAUAGAAAAACUAAGAACAAAACCGCUGCUGUGUUUGUGUUUGUUCCCUCCGGCAGGAACCUGGGUGUUUUGUGUAACACUCUAAAGGCACCGCCAUUAAAACCCACUCUCUAACCCGACCGUAUAGAUUGGCUGCUGCACCGCUUAUUGCGAUCUCAUUCCCACAUCCAUUUACUCCGGAGAGGCUCGGGCAGCACAAAGAGCCUGCUCUAUUUUUCAUGAGCUGCAAAGAGUUGUUACUUUUUACAUGAAAGUGGCUGAGGGGGGGCCGGGCUUUUGUCAGUGAGUCCAGCAUUACAGACGACACGAUGAGACAAUCUGCUCAUUUAGGAUUUAAACCGCCAAGAUAACGCUGCAGUCAGCUUCCCAACAGUUAAAAGGAAAGUUACGAUAAGACCUAUCCGACAGUGCUGAGGGAUUGAUUUUUUGCACCUCCAACUGUUGUGAAAGAGUAAUACACACACACAGGGAUCGUGUCGGAAAACCACAGUCAAACUUAUGAAAUGUAAACAAGGUUAUACUCACGUCUAGACAAAAUCGGACAGGCUCCCGAUGUGAAACCAUUGUACUUGGAAUGUUUAAAUAUGGACCAGAUUUUAGAUCUAGUCCAGAGAAACAUAUGACUCUGGAAAAAUGUUUCAGAUUUGAGAUACAUCAUCAGUUGAUUCAUGAAUCUGAAACUGUGUCUAUACGAGUGUCUGGCCUCUCUGGGACAAUCUAUUCUAGAUUUGACGCGUCUAAGUACAAUGGAUUUCAAUCGAGACCUGGUCAGAAGUGGUCUGAUCCUGGAAAAAAGCAGAGAAAUACAAUUUCGGAGUCAAGAUAACACUAUCAAGUUUUGUGAAUUUUAUUAAGAAAACAAAACCAUUGGACAUGAUAAAAACCAAGCACUACUGAUGGAAUAAAUAAGUCAAACCAAACCAUUAAUCUGUACAAGAUCUAACGUCAAACAAUGGUCCCAUGAAAAAAAACAUACAAGAUUUUAUAUCUCACAGCUUUUUUUUCCUUACGCACAGUUUUGAGCAAACUACAAUUAAUCAGCUCGAACAGAUGGGAGCUACAACAUGAGUGAGAAUUUUUUCUUAAACUGAGUGUACAUAAUGCUGUUUCUAACUGUUAAUGUCAAUACAAUAGCAUUUUAAGUUCCAGCGCUGCUGGACUGGGAAUGAGGUAUAUGCUAAUCCAUCCUCUUAACUGAGACUGUUUUCUUUUCUCUCCAUCCAUGUGAACGCUGAUUUGAUGAAAUCUGAUCAAGUCAUUCUGUGUCACGUUCCACCUCUAUAGCCCCUGUUGUGUCAUGAAGUUGGUGGUUUGCGGUGAUUCAAUUGAUUUCAAUCCAUAUUCAUGAGAAAAUAUUGAUUAAUCCAAGCACAUCUUACAUGUGUGAGGUUGGACAUUAGAGGUCAUAGGUCUGAAUCCGUACAAUAAAGUUCAAGUCCGCACAAAUCAAGGGCGUGUAUGGAUUCAGCCGACAGACAGCACCUUGAAGGAGGAGGAGAACCAAAGUCGGAGCUAAAGGACUGGAGCCUUGUGUAUCGGGAGCUACAGGAACAUUUGCGGGACAUAGAUAAGUAGUGAUACACAGAACACGUACAGAAGACAACGUGAGUAAAUGCAAGUCGAGAUGGUGGAG